AUGCGGAGAACCAAUAACAUAGGAGUCUUGGCUCUAGGCCUGGCUUCCUCCAUUCGAGGCAUCUCAGCAGGCCUCACAUGGCCAUCCGCCUAUGACGAGAUCGAAGACAUCAUGUUCCUGAACAACGGCUACAACGCCAGAGAAUUCCCUAUCCUCUUGCAACCCUGCACUAUCGUCAAGGAGCCAGGCCACUCAAUCGCUGCUGGCCUCAUCCGCACAGCCUUUCACGACAUGGCUCCUCAUGAUGCUUCAACGGGGGUGGGAGGUGUUGAUGCUUCGAUCGGGUUUGAAUUGGACUCGAGCAUCUACCCAACCAACACUGGCAUUGCGUUCAACAAUACCAUGCACUUUUAUUCUCAGUUCUUCAACAGCCGAGCCCCUAUGGCUGAUUUGGUCAACGUCGGACUCUAUCAGGCCGUGAGAGCGUGUGGUGGUCCGAUUGUGCCCGUGCGGGCUGGUCGUGUGGAUGCUACAGGUCCUGGCCCCGUCGGUGUGCCUCAGCCUACCGACCCAAUGCCGCAGAUGAUUGGGGAAUUCAGACGCAUGGGCUUCAGCCCCGAGGAGAUGGUCGCAAUGGUUGCUUGUGGGCACAGCAUUGGCGGUGUUCAUUCUGCUGAGCACCCUGACAUUGUCCCUCCGUACAGCACGCCGCUCGGUGUUCAGGAUCUGGACUCCACCAACGCUACCUUCGACAACGCCGUCGUCACCGAAUAUCUCGACGGCACAACUAAAAACCCUCUCGUCGUUGGCGCUAACCCCGCCGCUUACUCUGACGGACGCAUCUUCGGUUUGAACAACCGCCGGACGGUAUCUGCCUUGGCCGAUCCCAACGCCUACGCCGGCGCCUGCUCUGGAAUUCUUGCGAAAAUGGUCAACACUGUCCCAGCCGGUGUGCAGUUGUCCGAUGUCAUUGCUCCUUAUGAGCUCAAGCCCGCGAGCCUUCAGCUCAACGUAGCUGCCGAUGGACAAAACCUCCAGUUCACUGGGGAGCUCCGCAUUCACACCAACGGCUUGCCGUCUUCCUCCAUCUCUAGUGUUCAGCUUGUCUACAAGGACAGGACUGGAGCGGCAAAUGAUGCAUACACAAUUGCUGCUUCUGCCCUGGGCGAUGCCAACGGUUUUGAUGAUACGUUCACGUUCUACGGUUUCGAAGGCACAAUCCCGGCCCAGACCUCGAUUUCAUCUUUCACUGUUGUUGUCAGUCUUACCAGCGGCUCAACCCAGACUUUCGACAACAACGGACAAGGCUACCCAGUCUCGGACUCGAUAUUCGCACAAACCUCGUACUCUUCUCUCGCUGCGACGGACGGCUCCGGUAACCAGCAGUUGACCGUCUUCGCUGCUGCCCGCAAUGGCGAAACCUACGACCCAGUCACCCUCUCGGUCGAUCUCAUCAACCCAAUCACAUAUAACAACCUGCCCACAGUCAGCAGUGUUCCUACGCCCAUGACAAGUGUGUGCGCAGGCCAGUACUACACAUUCUAUUCUGCCACUUUCGGAGUGCCUGCUGCUGGUGCAAACUUCACCAAAUACGACGUGACCGCGAGCUCCAAUGGGGCAACGGUGUCAGACAGUUUCAAGAGCCUUGGUGGCCUUCCACUCACGGCCAGUGCUGCGCCGUCAUGUGGCGCUGCAAAGCGAGCCGUCAACUUUAACGCAUGA